GAAUAUGGUCUGGGUAUAUAAAGGAAAGCAGAGUACUUAGACGCGCUGUGAAAGCCACACACGUCCCAAAGUCUUCCAAGAUGAGCUAUACUCUGGAAACCUUAAGCAAACCGCCCUCUUACAGGAGGAUGGUGGAAACCCGAACGUCUUACAGCCGAGCAGCCGGCUCCCCCUCCAGCGGGUUUCGAUCCCAGACCUGGUCCAGAGGUCCCCCUAGCACUGCCGUGGGAUCCUCCUACAAGAGAAGCAACAUUGCUGUUCCCAGGGCAUAUAGCUCAACAGUCCUGAGCUCAUCUGUAGAUAGCCUUGAUUUCAGCCAGUCUUCCGGACUUAAUGGGGACUUUAAACUCUCCCCUCGGUCAUCAGAGAAGGAACAACUCCAAGGGCUCAAUGAUCGUUUUGCUGGCUACAUUGAAAAAGUGCAUUACCUGGAGCAACAAAAUAAGGAAAUCGAAGCUGAAAUACAGGCUCUCAGACAGAAGCAAACUGCCCAGUCCCAGUUCGGAGAUCUAUACGACCAGGAGAUCAGGGAACUCAGAUCCCAGCUGGAACAGGUAAACCAUGAGAAAGCUCAAAUACAGCUCGACACCGAACACCUUGAAGAAGACCUACAACGCCUUAAGGACAGGUACGAUGAAGAGGUUCGUCUGAAGGAUGACACUGAUGCCACCAUAAGAGCCAUGAAUAAGGAUAUAGAAGAAACCGCUUUGAUUAAAGCAGAGCUAGACAAGAGAGUGCAGUCCAUGCAGGAUGAAGUUGCCUUCCUGAGAGGCAAUCAUGAGGAAGAAGUUGCGGAUCUGCUCGCUCAGAUUCAGGCGUCCCACAUCGCAGUAGAAAGGAAAGACUACUUAAAGGCUGACAUCAGCGCAGCACUGAAAGAAAUCCGCUCCCAGCUGGAGUGCCACUCAGACAAAAACUUGCAGCAUGCUGAGGACUGGUUCAAGACCCGCUUUGCCAAGCUCAGUGAAGCUGCAGAACAGAACAAGGAUGCCAUCAAGUCUGCAAGGGAAGAAAUUGCUGAGUACCGACGUCAACUGCAGAGUAAAACCAUUGAGUUAGAGUCUGUGAGGGGUACCAAGGAGUCCUUGGAGAGGCAACUGAAUGACAUUGAGGAACGUCAUAGUAAUGACUUGACCAGCUAUCAGGAAACAAUUCAUCAGCUGGAGAAUGAGCUAUGGGGUACCAAAUCGGAAAUGGCCCGCCACCUGAGGGAAUAUCAGGACCUCCUCAAUGUCAAAAUGGCCCUGGAUAUUGAGAUCGCAGCCUACAGAAAACUUUUGGAAGGUGAAGAGACAAGAUUUUUCACAUUUCCUGGCAGUAGUGUUCCAUCAUUCCCUUAUAAACAACCAACUUUUCCAACCAAAAUACAAAAGUCAAAAGCUGAAGCUCCAAAGCUAAAAGUGCAACAUAAAUUUGUAGAGGAAAUUAUUGAGGAGACAAAAGUGGAAGAUGAAAAGUCUGAGCUGGAUGUUGCCCUUGCAGCUGUCGGUGAAGAAUUAGCUGCAGGACUUGAACAAGAGGAAGAAGAAGUCAAGGAAGAAGAAGAAGCAGUUGUAGAAGAGGAAAUUGUAGCCUCCAAGGAAGCCCCAGUUGAAUCUGCAGCUCCUGAAGAAGAAGCAGAGGAAGAAGAAGGUGAAGAAGAAGCAAAGGAAGAAGAUGAAGCAGAAAAGGAGGAUGUUGGUGCAGAAGGAGGAGAAGCUGCAGAGGAUGCUGAGGAGGAAGAAGAAGCCAAAGUUGAGGAAGAAAAGGAAGAAGCAGAGCCUGAGGCUGAAAAGGAAGAAGUAGAGGAAGAAGUUGAGAAAGAAGAAGAUGCUGAAACAGAAGAAAAGGAUAUGGGAGAUGAAGGAGCAGCUGAUGAAGAUGAAAAAGCAAAAGAAAAAGAAGAAACUGAAGAUGCAGAGACCACUGCUGAAGAAACUGAAGACACUGUAGAAGAGAAAAUUGAAAGUGUUACUGCAGCUCAACAAGGUUCAGAACAAGAAGAAGCACAUGAGGAAGAAGAAACAAAAGAAACAGAAGAAGAUAAAAGUGAUUCUGAUGAAAAAGGUGAACAAGGAGAUGAUGAAAAGGAUGCCAAAGAGGACACCGAAGAGGAAGAAGUUGUCAAAUCUAAACAAGCUUCUGAGAAAGAAGAUGAAGCUGAUGAAGAGAAAGAAGAUGAAACUGUAGAAAAUGAAGAUGCUGCUUCCACAGAAGAAGACUCUAAAUCAAAACCUUCUUCUCCAGCUGAGGAAGUGAAGGAGGUCAUCUCAGAAACAAAAACAAAAACUGUUAGUGCAGUGAAAAGUAAGAAGGACACUACCUCAAAGGGACAUGAAGAAGAGAAACCUUCAGAAGAGGAAACUGAGAAAGAUGCUGCAGUGAAUGGAGAAGUAGAUGAUAAAGAUGAAAAUGAAGAAGAAGAGAAGGAAGAAAAUAUGAUUGUUAAUGGCAUUGAUGUGAGUCCAUCCAAAGAGGAGGAUAUAGGAGAUACAACAGCAAAAACAAUAGUAGUAAAAAAAAUUGAAAAAUCUACAACAGAAGGGAUUGAUGGUACUAAACAUAUUACAGAAUCUGUAGUAAUCACUAAGACAGUAGAGCAAUUUGAUGAACAUUUAGAACAGGAAAUAAAGACAACUAAAAUGGUAGAAAAAUCCACCUCACAUGCCAUAAGAAAGGAAGUUAAGGGAAGUGAAUGAACUUUGGGUUUGUCGGAAAUAUCAAAAUGCUACAAUGACAGCUACACAAUGCAUGUGAGUGACAGCUUCAGUGGGCUUAGAUAUGAAUUGGUUCUCUCAUGGGGGGUUAAAGACUGUGUUACUUUUGUGCAAUAUGGGGGAAAUGCAUGCAAGUUCAUGACGUGUACCCUUUGCAGCUCUUGAGGAAUGAAACGAAAUGCAUGAAAGAGGUAAAAAAAAGAGAGAGAGAGAGAACGUUCCUCACUUGCUGGAUGGGCACAUCAGAAGAGCGCCAUUAAGAUGUAUUUAUGCAAAGAAUCAACUGAGCCAAAAAUAAAAUGACCUUGUUCCUUAUUAGCCUUAAGAUGACUUUAUUUAUUGAUAUUUUUAGUUUAUCUCAAGGAAGUAAUUUCAACAGACUUUAUUCAUGGGAGAACCUUGUUAACAAACACCAGAACUGCAAAUUUGCAUUAAACCAUUGAAAAAUCCACAGCAGAAUUUGCUUAAUAAAGGUUAUGAUGAAAACCA